AUGCGGUAUGUCCCACAAGCCUUCAGGAACCUCUCCAGCCUCACGAGGCUGUCCCUUGAGGGCAAUCACAUAGAGGCCAUCGGCAGAGACUCCCUGAAGGACCUGGAAACCCUGUACGACCUGAAUCUCAGGAAGAAUCGGAUAUGGAUCAUUCAAAAUGGUGCUUUCACAAAGCUUCUCAGAUUGGGCAUGUUAAAUUUAGGACACAACUUCAUCACUGAUCUGCCUAAUCAGCUUUUCGAGGGGUUGAUCCAGCUCAAGACUAUGCACCUUGAAGCCAACAGAAUCACUGCUGUUGAAUGCACCUUCAGACAUCUGCUCAACUUGAGAAACUUGUACCUGAACAACAACCAAAUCUCCUCUAUCUCUGACUCUGCUUUUUCAUACUUGCACAAGCUGCACUUCCUUCAUCUGAGCAAAAACAACCUCAGUUCCCUCCCCAUCCGCUUGUUCACCGAACUGACAAAGCUGAAGUACGUGUUUCUAUCCCACAACCCCUGGAGGUGUGACUGCAAGAUGCUUUGGUUCUGGCAGUGGACGGCGACACGCAGGGCAGUGAUCAAAGGGCUGGACUGUGCCUUCCUGGGCCCUCCCAACACAACAGCACUCAAUGAACCCCACCCAGGGGACCUGAGGGACUGCACGGUGCCACUUCAGCUGGCAAGUGAAGACAAGUGCAGCGUGGGCAGCACCAGUGUGGCUCCUGAGCCCCCGAAUCUCCCUAGCAAGGUCAUCCUGCUGGCACUUGUCUGCUACAUGUGGUAUAAUGUGAGGGGAUGGGACACCUCAGUAGCCACAUUUUGA